UCCUCUUUCUUUCUUUCUUUCUUUCUUUCUUUCUGCCUCUCUCUUUUCUCUUCUCUCUCUUCUGCCGCCGCUGCUGCUUUUGAGGAAUAAGGGCUUGAGGCAGAGAUGGAGGCUGCGGGAAACAUUUGCAAUCCCUGAGGACGAGCCGGACCUUAAGGGGGGAUUUAUGGACUCUGGGAUUCGGGUAGACCAGGCCAAGGAGCGCUGCAGAGUAAGGAGAUCAGAGGCGGAUUAAGCCACUAAUUUUUUUUUCCUUUUUUUGGGUGGGGAGGGCGUUCAAUUAACGACCCUCAGACCUAGAUUUUUAAAGUUUUUAUUCAAUCUUUAGAUUAACAUACCCACCCAUCAUCUUAAACGACUUGCCUGGUUAAUUUUGGGGGUGGGGGGGCGUCUGGGGGAAAGAAAGUUUAAGCGAUUUCUUUUCCUCAUCAAAGAUAAACCGGCUCUUAGAUUAAGAAAAGAAAACCCGGCCCCACACCGGGCUGGUGUCCAUUUCCCCUCGGUCCCGGGGGAGGCCCCGUGUCCGGCUCGGGGGUCCUGGGGCCGGACAGGACCGGCCGCCCGCCGUUGGAGCGGGGGCGAGCUCCGCCGGCAAGAUUUUUGUUCUUUUUCCGUAUUUUUUUUUUCUCGAAUGUUGUCCCUGAGUUGAUUUUUUUUUUUUAGUUUUUAUUUGUAAAUCCCGUCUGCUGGUCCGCGGGGGGUCAGGGGUCAGGGGGGUCGGUGGGCCCGUCCGCCCGCCCGGCCGGCUGGCCGGCCGAUGGAGCCCAGAGGGCCGCGGCGGGAGGGGCCGGACAUGGCGCCGGAGCUGAGCCCGGACGAGGAGCAGGCCACCAAGCAGUUUCUGGAGGAGAUUAACAAGUGGACAGUGCAGUACAAUGUGUCUCCUCUCUCCUGGAACGUGGCUGUCAAGUUCCUCAUGGCCAGGAAGUUUGACGUGCUCCGUGCCAUCGAGCUGUUCCAUUCGUACCGGGAAACACGGUUGAGAGAGGGAAUCGUGAAGCUGAGACCUCAUGAAGACCCUCUGCGCUCCGAGCUGCUCAGUGGGAAGUUCACCAUCUUGAACGUGCGGGACCCUUCUGGAGCCUCCAUCGCGCUCUUCACAGCCAGGUUGCAUCAUCCCAACAAGAGCGUCCAACACGUGGUACUCCAGGCCCUAUUCUACAUGCUGGACCGAGCAGUAGAGAGCUAUGAAACGCAGAGAAAUGGGCUGGUGUUUAUCUAUGAUAUGGGGGGUUCCCAUUAUACCAACUUUGAGCUGGACCUUAGCAAGAAAAUCCUCAACCUGCUAAAGGGAGCGUUCCCGGCCCGGCUGAAGAAGGUGCUGAUCGUGGGGGCCCCGAUGUGGUUCCGAGUUCCCUACUCCAUCAUCAGCCUCCUGCUCAAGGAGAAGCUCCGGGAAAGGGUCCAGAUGGUGAAGACGAGUGAGCUGCCUCAGCAUCUGCCCCGGGAGUGUCUUCCCGAAGGCCUGGGUGGCUACUUGAAAAUGGAUCCAGUCAGCUGGAACUUCCGGUUCCUCCCCCAGGUGAACGGCCACCCGGAUCCCCUUGACGAACUCAUCCUGGUGUCCUUGUCCUCUUCCUUCUCCUCCUCCUCGUGCGACCAAGCGUCGGUGCACGUCCCGAGCCCCCAGGCACUGACGGUCCAGCAGCUGUUGGAGCACAUGAACCUCAUGCAGAAGAGGGGGAUCUACGAGGAGUACGAGGACAUCCGGCGCAGUAGCCCCUCCGGAACCUUCAGCUGUUCCUUGUCUCCACAGAACCUGGAGAAGAACAGAUAUGGGGAUGUGCCCUGUUUGGACCAAACCCGAGUGAAGUUAUUGAAACAGCUUAACGGCUCGGAGAACACUCAGUCAGACUACAUCAAUGCCAGUUACAUGGACGGCUAUAAACAGAGGAAUGCGUACAUCGGCACCCAAGGCCCCUUGGAAAACACUUUCCGUGAUUUCUGGCUGAUGGUGUGGGAGCAGAACGUCCUGGUGAUCGUCAUGACUACACGGCUAGAGGAGGGCGGCCGGAGGAAGUGUGGCCAGUACUGGCCUUUAGAGAAAGACUCUCGGGUUAGAUACGGUGGCCUCAUUCUGACCAAUCUGGGAGUGGAGUCCUUGAGUCAUUACAAGAAGACGGUGCUGGAAAUUCAUAACCCCGAGGACCGAGAGAGACGGCGAGUGACCCACUUCCAGUUCCUGAGCUGGCCCGAUUACGGCGUCCCCUCCUCCGCGGCCUCUCUGAUCGACUUCUUGGGGUCGGUCAAGCAUCAGCAGAGGGUGGCGGUCAGCGCCUUGGGGCCACGCAGCAGAGGUCACCCCGGAGGGCCACCCAUCGUGGUCCACUGCAGUGCGGGCAUUGGCAGGACAGGUACCUUCUGCUCGCUGGAUAUCUGCCUCUCACAGCUGGAAGACGUGGGCACGCUGAAUGUGUACCAGACCGUGGUACGCAUGCGCACCCAGAGAGCGUUCAGCAUCCAGACCCCCGAGCAGUACUACUUCUGUUACACGGCCAUUAUCGAGUACGCGCAGAGGGAAGGCCUGCUGCCCCCUAACCACUCGCGGCCGGGCGUGGAGCGGCAGUGACCGGCCCCCGGAGCCCCUGUGCCCCCGACCGAGGCCAGGGACCGACUGACCGCCGGCUCCCUUCAGCCCCCUCCUCCCCUCUAGGCGGCCAUCAGGAACGUGGAGGCAAACCAACCUCGGCCUCUCGUGCGCCCCGGCGCCCCGCGGCCCGGUCCCUCGGCUAGAUAGUUAUGACGCCGUCACCCCGGGUAGCCACCGGCUAGCAGCUCGUGUCGUGUCUUAGCACCUGCUAUUGAACUGUGCCUUACGAAAACCAAACUGUGGCUACCCAUUUGCCAGGGGUCCCUAGAGGUAAGUGGGGGAAGAUUUCCCUCCCUCUCCCCUCCGCCCCCCACCCCCUGCCACCCAGGCCUUUCCCACCCUUUCUAUGUGCCUUGGCCACGGUUUGAUGGGAAGGGGAGGAGAAACCACCUCCAGGAUCUCCUAAAACCUCAUCCUUGCCAGUGCCAAGAGAGUCUGAAAUUUAAGAAGGGCACAUGUGUUUCCGUCUUAUCUGCCAGUCGGUGUGCGUGUCGUGUGUGUGUGUGCGCGCGCGUGCGCGUGUGGGGUCGUAUGUAUGUGUGUAUAUAAUAUAUACUUUGUGUUCUUAUGUACGUAGUAUAUAAAUACAUGUAUACACACACUUCUUUCUAGCCGUUCAUGGAGCUAAAUGUCGCGUCCCUGCGGCGACAGCAGGCGGCGGCCAGUGAGAGGGUCUGCACGUGACCUGGCGGGAGGCUUCCCCCAGCCCACCUGGCAUGGCCCCUGGCCAGCCAGAGACCCCUCUAGAAAUGACACUAGAAGCUUAGAACGGGCUCCAUCAGGACGGUACCGUGACCUGUCUAGGGGACCAAAUUAUGGGGGAGAAGGACACGGCCCCCACGCUUGCCGUUCGCCCCCUCUCUCCCGGUGCAACCCACAGAUGACCCAGAGGGAGGGUGGGGCGGGGAGCCCCCACCCUGGUCCCGGCCGCUGCCGGUUCCCAGCGCCCAGGCGGGCCGGACCUGGAUCAGCCUGGGUGGAAUAGGGCACGUCUGGCUCUCACGGAACCAUUAGCUCCUUUGACUUGGCCGACCGGGGAGCUCCCCCCCGUCCUCUCGGAAUAAGGACUUGCGGACCUCCGCCGUGAUGCUGGGAACUCCCUCCCACCGCUGACCUUGGGGCAGGCGGAGACCUCCCUCGGGAAGAGCCGGGGUCAGAGAGCGUCGGUACGAAGCAUUAGAAGAAAGCCAGGCGGAGGGAGGGUCACAGGUGCGGGGGCCCCAGCAUCCCGGAGGAGAACCUUUGCCUGGGAGACUUGCUUCAUGGGGGAAGAGCUAGAUUUUGUUUUGGUUGGAGGGCUCCUCUUCCAAGACCCCCAGCCCCUAUCCUGCCCACCCUCCUGUCCUGUCCCUACCAGCCAACCAAAAAUCUGGGCUGCCUCGGUGCCAAGGGGAAGCCCGAACCAGCUUCCAUUUGGGACCCCCCCCAAAUUGGGAGAUGCCGAUUUCCACCCCCUCUCCGUCCCCUCGCCCCCUCCUCCCUGCUCCCCCUGCCCUGGCCUCCGCUGCUUCGGCAGAGAACCCGGUGGGCCGGUUGAUGAAAGCAGGGUGCCCCAGUGGGCACUGAGUCCAGGAGACCACCGUUCACCCCCGACGCAUCCCUUCCUCCCCAUCCCAGGAGAUGAGGUUGGCAGCUGAUCGGACCUCAGUAAUUUUAUACUGUAAUAAGUAAGCUCUUUGAAUGUGUAUAUUCUUAUUUUUACAAACUUUUCAUUUUGUAUUUAACGUUAAUGGAUUGAGUCAGAUGCGGAGAAUAAUUGUAAAUGUUAAUAUUCAAUAUCUUAUGGCGAUACAGUUUUGUAUUUACAGAUAAAUAUACCUACCAAUGAUCAGA